CAAUACAUUAGAUACAUUAAAUAGACAUAACCUAAAAUUUGUAUAAUAAAAUUAUCAAAAUGAAACUUAUAACACAUAACAUGUUAACAUCCAAGUGUUUAAAAGGAGUUAUGACUGGGUAUCCUUUAGCUAUCAAUGCCACUGAUGUGAAAAUUACUGAAGUCGAUUUUAAUCCAGAAUUUAUUACUCGUGUAAUACCAAAACUGGAUUGGGAGGUGUUAUGGCAUGCUGCAAAUAGUAUUGGACAUAGUGAAGGACUACCCAAAAGUAUUGAACCUAAGUUUGAAGAAAAUGAGGAUUUUCUUAAGAAAGCACAUAAAAUAUUACUAGAAGUAGAAAUAGAGGAAGGCCAUCUGACUUGCCCCGAAUCUGGAAGGCAAUUUCCAAUCUCCAAAGGCAUCCCAAAUAUGUUAUUAACAGAAGCAGAGGUGCAAUAAAUUAUUUUAGAGAAUAUAAAAACGAUGUUUUAUUACUGUUUGUUUUGUUGAUAAAUAAGUUUCAGGGUGUAUAAAAUAGUAAUAGUAGUUUUUCUUUUAAAUCAUGAAAACACAAUAUGAUAUUCCUGUAUCAUAAUAAUCAACAGUUUUGAAUAGAAUACUUGAUAAAAAAUCAUAUUUUGGUUGUGUUUAUGCCACUCAUAGAGUAAAAUACAAAAAUAAAAUGAGAAGUGAGACAAAUAGCAAUAUUAAUUAAAAUUAAAGACUAAGAAGAUAAAUUUUAUUUAUUGCAUGAUGGUUUGAUUCCAUCCCUCCUCCUUUCCCUCACACUUAAAUCUGAUUGGCAAAUAUGCAAGCAGAAUGGAGUGACAUUUAUGGAGAUUUUUUUAAGUGAAGUUAGUCAGUGAUUCUUUGAUAGCAGUUGCAUUAGAAUUACUUCUGUGAACUGUCGAAAAUUAACCAGAGAACACUCAACAAUAAAAAAUGUGUGCGUGUACUAGUGUACACACGUAAGAAGUGAAACUUCUUUAUGGCCUUAUUUUUUUCGAAAAAUGAUCUACAUGCAACUUUCCAGAAAUAUAUAUAUAGGCGUGCGCUAAGAUUUUUCAAAAACUCACCCACUAAAGGGGUAUAACUAUACCUUACCUUACCUUGUGUGAAACACGUAUAUAUAAGUACUCUUUGAACACGAAUAUUUGCUGUCGAUACUUUUUUUUUUAAAGUUGACAGAAGAAGCAAUUGUUCGGAUGAGGUAAAUAGUGCUCUUUUAAAAAAAAGAUGGCGCAUAACCAAAAAACGUGACGCGUAACCGAAUAAAAAUGUGACGGUAAAUUUUUUUCCAACGCCGAUAAAGAAGUUUCACUUCAAAAACUGGACAUUAUUCCAGUUAAGUGGCACGGACAGGACAACUCCAAACAAUCCGUUGUCGGAGU